UCGCCGGUGUUGCUAGGCAGCAGAUCCUGAAUUGAAGAAAGCGAGAGCCUAGUGCGGUGGGACGUGGAGUGCCUCUAUAAAGUAUAAGGAUACGUUGGCAGUGGCACAUCCACGCGCGGAUCGGGCACGAGCACAAGCUGCAGCGUGCGGGGACAUAGCUGUGCAUGCAGCAAGAGGUUUGAGAAGCAUCUCUUAGAAUGAUGGGAUUAGGGAACGGCCGCAGGGGAAUGAAGUCCCCACCGCUUGUGGUUGCAGUGCUCCUGGCAUGUGUUUUUGUUUUGGGAAUAAACUACUGGAUAACCAGCACCCGAUGUGUUGAACUGCAGAACCGUAUUGUGGAAAUUGAAGGAAAAAUGCGCCGGGCAGCUGCAGAAAGAGGAGCAGUUGAACUGAAAAAAAAUCAGUUUGAAGAAAAUCUAAAAAAGCAAAUGGAGCAACUUGAUACUAUCAAAUCUAUGCACGACUCUCAGAAGCAGACAUAUUACAACGAAAAGGUAUCAUUAAUAAGGAACAUCACCUUAAAAGAGAGGGUUAUAAAGAGCUUACAAGGUCAGCUGAGGAACUUACAGGUAGAGCUGGAACAAGAGAAAGAGAGUCAGACCUUGAAAUCUGCAUUUGAAUUAGCUCAGUGCAGCAACAAAAUGAAGGAGCUGAAUGAGCAGUGUGAAGAAAAACUUCGGAAAGCAACACAAAAAGAAAACUCAGGGGGAGAGGAGAAAAAGAUUGUGACAGAUGCACUCAAGCAUGACAAUAAGAUUGACAUUCCUUCAAAACCAAAUGUUAUCAACAAGGGCCCUGUUGUAGGAACAAAUAAGCAAGAAGCUGCAGACAAUGCAGUUCCCAGCAUCUUUAAGCCCUCUGCAGGUGCCCCACAUAAAGAAAACCUGGAGGACAAAAAUGCAGAUGAUAAAAAUAAAAUAAAAGAAACACUUGAUGAGAAUGAAAAAAUGGUGCUUCCAGGGCAAAAUAAAGUAGAAUCUGAAAAUAAUCUACAAGUCCAAGAGCAAGUGAAUCAAGAAAAUUCAGAUAAUAAAUUAGGAAAUAUAGCAAAUGAAGAACUAAGGGAGGAAGGGGGAGCUAAGGUGGAGCUAAGGCCUAUGGCAGAAGAGGAAGCAGAAGAAGGGGCGCCUAAAGCAGAGGAAGGGGCGCCUAAUGCAGAGGAAGGGGCACCUAAAGCAGAGGAAGGGGCGUCUGAAGCAGAGGAAGGGGCGCCUAAAGCAGAGGAAGGGGCUCCUAAAGCAGAGGAAGGGGCUCCUAAAGCAGAGGAAGGGGCUCCUAAAGCAGAGGAAGGGGCACCUAAAGCAGAGGAAGGGGCACCUAAAGCAAAGGAAGCAGUGCCUAAAGCAGAGGAAGAGGAGCCUAAUGCAGAAGAGGAGGGACCUAACGCAGAGGAAGAGCCUGAGGAUGAAUUUAAAGUAGAGGAUAUUCCAGAACCCAACAAGGGAAUAGAAAAUGAGGAAGUUGAGAGAGAAAAUCUUAUUAAUAUGGAACCACAGCAGGAAGGUGAAAACGAUAUAAACCAGGAUGAGCAGGAAGAACAAGAAAAUCAAAAUGACUACAAUGGGGAUGAAGGAAAUGAAGCAGAGCCUGAGGCUGACAAGCAGGCUCAGCUAAUAAAUAAUGAUUUAAAUUUAAAAGAUGACGUAAACUUAGAAAAUAAGCAACCGUUCAAGCAGCAAGUAGAGGACAAUAAUAAUUCACUUCUUAAAAAAUGAGGCAAUGAACUUUCCCAAUUUGUUCUGGAAACAAAUCACCUGGCUUCACAGGAGGAUGCCUUAGAAACACGCAAAAUCCACUAAACUAAAGAUUUAAUGCAACAAGGAAGAUGAAACUUGAAGAUCGUUCUUUAUCCUCUUUUCUUUCAAACUCUAAAGCCUUAUCACUAAUUUGCCCAAUCGACACCAGAUGUGCUUUUUAAGCUGCAGAAACCGAUCACAGCAUUAAGUGCGAUCCACCAUCUAGCAAAAUGUAUUUCCUGUAUGUGAACCAGUGUUGUGCACUCUACAGCCUAGCACAGGGGUCAAGUUCAUUUAAUAAAUAAGCCUCUGCCAGUUUAAGCAUAGUGUACAGGGGAGAUCAGACAUGUAGUUAGUAGUGUUGGUUUCACUUGCAGGAAGAUUAACUGUGAUUAUUCUCACCUCUUUCCUCCCAUUAACACCUGAUCCUUGUAUUACUGGUAUUUCCCUAAGCAGGUUCGAAAUUCAUUGCCUUCAAGUCUAAAAGCAAACUUCCCUAUUGUAAUUUUCCUUUAGGUUUCUCAUGUGAUAUGUAAUUGGGAUAUAUAUAUAUUAUCACAAUGCAGAAGCACUCAGUCAGAUGCAAUGGGUCUCUUCUUGCUUGGGUGCCUAGACUAAAUAAAGACACACAUGUUAGCUUUUAAUCAAACAAGGGUGACACAGCCAAUUAGUCAUUUUCCUAGACACGAAGAUGGACUACACUUUUAAAAAGUGUACAUAUCCCAUGCCACUGGCAAAACUCAUGUGCUCAUCAACUGUAGGCCAGUGAGUGCUGACCAUUCUGUUUGUUGUAUUUUAUGUGAUUUUUCUUAUUAGGCUUUGCACCUAGACUUGUGUAGGAUUAACUGCCUGAGUCACUGGAUGUAAACCGCAGCGCAGGUUAGCACCCAGAGCUGUGCGUUUUGCCAUUGGAAUGAGAUGUGUACCCACUGCAGUUUGAGAGUGUAGUCGAUCUCUGUUUCAUUACCAAGUGCAGGCAGUUUUUUUCUUUACACUAUAUUUUCCUAUGCAACAAAUGUUUUCACAACUGUUCAAAGAAUCCAGCAUUUUAAUCAUUUGUUUAAAAUGUCAACUUUAAAGUGCCUAUAAAUAUCACUAGCUAAAAAAAUACUAUUGCAGGAGGUAAAUCUUUUAGUAGUGUGCACUGUCUGAAACCAAAUGAACUAUCAGACCCGUUUUAUAUGAACUUAAUGUUAUCCGGUUUUGUACAAUGACAAAUUAUUUUUAUAACUUGUGAUAUUUUACUUUAUGGCGCAUUAAACUCAAGAUCUGUUGUAGCUGUGCCAAGCCUUUCUUCUUUAUGUUCCCUGUAGAUAGAUCAAGCAGUCUUCCUUUUUAGCAGCAUGUGGAGUAAAUGGGAUUGGUCGGCUUUUUUUUUUUCUUCUUCAAUAUUCUCUUUUUAGUUGUAUUUUUUUGUUGUUGUUUUGUUUUGUUUUUUUUUUGGGGGGGGGGUGUUCUCCUGCAAUAAUAUGACGUUAUUUUUAAUUAAAAAAAAGUUGCAUUACUUUACUUUUAUAUGAAUGUGCUGUUGAUAAAGUUCAUUAUAUCAUUUUCUUAUCUUUAAAGGGACAGUAUACACUCAUUUUCAUAUAACUGCAUGUAAUAGACACUAUUAUAAAGAAUAAGAUGCACAGAUACUGAUAUAAAAAUCCAGUAUAAAACUGUUUAAAAACUUACUUAGAAGCUGUCAGUUUGGCUCUGUUGAAAAGGUAGCUGGAAAGCCCACAGCAAAUGGGAAAUAAGACCCCCCUUCUUUUGCAUAUGAAAAGACCCUGGAGCAAGCUGGAGAAGGUAGCUGACGGUAUUCACAUAAAACUUUGGGGCUUGGUUAGGAGUCUGAAAAUCAGAGCAGUGUUAUUUAAAAAUAAGCAAAACUAUACAUUUAUUUUUUAAAAAACCUUUAUGGGCUAUAUAAAUAGAUCAUCUAAAAAACAUUUAUGCAAAGAAAAAAUGAGUGUAUAAUGUCCCUUCAAGACCAUACUUAAGUGAUAUUCAUACAUUCACAUACUUUAAAGUGGAACACAUAUGCUUAAAUGUAAUAGAGUCGGCCUCUUAUAUGCACAAAUUACAUUUUAAAACAUAAGGAACAUUUCCUCUUCAUGUUAGGCAUUUUCUUCUGUAGGGUGUAUUAAAGGGACAUUAAACACUAAAUACAUUUUAUACGCAUAGUAUUGAGGUUAUUCCCCACCUCCCUCUAGUCAUAGUUGCUGCAAUGUUGAAAUCUAUUUUUUACCACAUUCCAAUGCUGACCUCUUUACACAUGUGCAGCAAAUCUCCAGAUACCUACAGUGUAACCUAACUUCCAUCAUGGCAGCACCCAUGAGUAAAGGGAGGUGCAUGAAAUGUAGUUAGCAUUUAGUGCCCCUUUAAGAGUUUUUCUCAGUUCUAGUAUAGGAGAAACACAUAGCAGGACAGAUUUCUGCACUUUAUAUUUGGAAAAACUCCUUGUAUUGAUAGCCAUGUCCUUAUACUCCAAUCAUUUACUACAGCAACUUAAUAGCAGGAGCUGCUACAUUUAAGAAGCUCUUUUAUUAAUCCUGUAGAAAGAGGCAACUACACUACACAGUUCUGCACAAAUGUGUGACACCUACUUACACUGAGCAGCAUCCUGAAAAAAAGAAAAAGCUGUCAUCCAACUAUGAAAUGGCUCAGAUUGUGAGCUUGACUUUUUGUUUUAAUUACAGGGAUAUUUUACCCAAAUACUGAAUAACUUGAAAAUGAUGCAGCAUAGCUGCAAAAAGCUGAAUAUAAAAUAUCACAUAAACCUCUCUAUGUCAAAAAAAAGAUGUUUUACUGCAAAAUUUUCUCCGUAGCCACAUCCCAUUAUAUAGGAACUUUAAGUAUCCAAUCAGUAUGCUUGUCCCGGGACAAGAGAGCAUGUAUCUGGCAUAUGCAGGCAUAGUCACUUUAUUUCCCUCAUCAGUUUAGUUUUACUACAAAACAUUUCACGAUUAUGUUUAAAUCCCAGGAGAUCACAACAAAGCAGAGUGUGACUUUAGCACGGAUGAUGCUGAUUGGCUGAUUACCAUGCAAAUGACAGUAAAAUACACACUUCCUUUUUUUACAUAGUCAUUUUUAGUCAUCUUUUUACAACUAUGUUGCAUCAUUUUCACGUGAUUUAACAUUUAGGUAAUGUCCCUUUAAGCACAACCCCACAUCACCACAGUUUUGUUUACUGCUGCUUCCAUUUUCUGAAUUUUAAAGUAAAGAAGUUUUAAUGCUUUCCAGCUAAUGAGAGUGAACCCUUUUCUGUCCAAGAUUUUAUUCAGAUCUUUUUGAAUCAUGUCAUAUAUAUUUCCAUUAGGCAUUUUGUCCAAAAGCUGUAAUCAUUCUAAGAAAUAAAAUGCAAAUUUAUUGGUGCCUUAAAAUAUGACAACUGAUUUAAAUUAGUUAUGUGUUUAAUGAGUAGCGCUGUAAAAACUUAGAUUCAGAACUAAACAAAUUAAUUUAAUGUUAAUUUAUUAGAUAUAGAUUGAAAAGGAAUUAUAUAGUUCAUUUUCAUUGAAAUGUUACCUUUGUAAAAUUAAAGCCACCUAUAACUGCAUUUUAAAUUUAAAUUGGUAUUAAGUAAUUUCAUGUUUUAAAUAAGGUUGGCAUUAACAUGAUUAACUAUAGUUACUGUAGAAAAGCUGUACAUUUAAGCUUUGUAAUUUAUGACGUAAAUGCUUAUUUGUUUUGGAUCAAAUUAUAAUGCAUACAUUUAAAAUGUGAUUAUUGUAUAUAAAGCAUUAUUUUUAAUCAUUUUGUAUGUAUUACAUGUUUUAGAAAAGUGUAAAAUUCAGUAAAAUAUCAGGUGGGUGUUUUGUUGUUGUUUUUUGAAAGUUCCUGGCAUAAUAAAUGUGUUAUUUAAUAGUA